ACACUUGUCUAAUACUGUAGUAUUUACUAUAGUAAACUGUAGCAAAACUCCAAGUUACUAUAGUGGUGUUGAAAAUAUUAUAACAUACAUAAAUAUGCUGCAGUAAAUACUACAGAAGGCCACACGAGCUGGAUGCUAAAUCGUUCAAACGGAUAGAGACGCACUCCGCCCUCCCGUACCUGCGAAACUGCGUGAACGCGUGAAACGCGCACCGGAUGAGCUGCAAACCGGAGAUGAACGCAACACGUUGCUGAAUGAGAGAGAGACAGACAGAGAGAGAGAGGAGAGAGAGAGAGAGAGAGAGAGAGAGAGAGAGAGAGAGAGAGAGAGAGAGAGAGCGCGCGCGCGCAGGCAACAGUGAGUCUGUACGCCGGAGCGACGAAGGUAAACGCGGACGCGUUGGCGAUCGAUUCACGACCGAUAGAUGAAUAAACUCACGUGGACGUUUGUUAUAAAGCACAGCUUCAUUUAAAGACGCAAUGACCCGGUUCCACUAGUUUAGUGCGUGUCGAGGACGCAUCCACUGGUUGCGCGGAGAGACACAGCGGCCGAGAGCGCGGCAGACAGCGGGAGGAGAGUGCGCACGCACGGGCACGCACGAGCGCGGUUACCCCCUUUAAACAUGGCUGAUGGUCGGGCGCAGGGCGCUGCCGUGAUCUCCAGAAACGCGCCCGAUGCUGCCCACUGAAGAGGAUCAAGCGCGUGAUGGUGAUGAGAAGCGCCUCUCCACGAUAAUGACCAACUUCAUCCACGAUUCAAAAGCGGGUCCGUCCGCGGUGCGGAAGAUGGACGUGAUCAUCCCGUACACGUCCGACGUGCCCUGCGACACGAACGGGCAGCGCAUGUGGUGGGCAUUCCUCGCCUCCUCCAUGGUGACUUUCUUCGGGGGUCUUUUCAUCAUUCUGCUGUGGAGAACUCUCAAGUACCUGUGGACGGUGUGUUGUCACUGCAGGGGUAAACGGAAGGACGUGCAGCGAGUAUGUAAUCCAGCCGUCAUCGGUGAUGGUGGGAUUAAAGGAGGAGGGGAUCGUGAUGCGGUGGCGGCGCCCAGCGAGGUGGGCUGGAUGACCUCAGUGAAGGACUGGGCGGGGGUCAUGAUCUCUGCUCAGACGCUCACUGGACGCGUGCUGGUGAGUUUACAUGUUUGCGUGUCACAUGUCUUGCGUGAAGAGGGGGGUUGUUAUAUGACGAGCUCAAGCGUCUGCUCCCCCUGCUGGUCAGAUGAGGCCGAACGCCACUCAUUGCCAUGGAAACAGAUGUGUCAAAGCAUGACCACGCAUAAAUCAGACAGCAGGACAGAAAGAGCCGAGGAGAAUCAGACCUGGCCCCUGACCCCAGCCAAGAAGGCCGGCCACAAGAGAAUGCGUCUGGCAUGUUGUGUAGCUUGCGGCGGGGCAGAUCGUGACUGCUCGUGCAUGUCAGACAGUGUGACUAACUUGGAGACUCUGCACCGUGGCUACCCCUUCUCAUCUGUCUCUCUUUAUGAUAACACCAACACUUUACACUCCUCUAAAAGUAACUAUAACGGAUACAUCAAAUCAAUAGUGGAGGAAGAACACUCGACUCUGUCACCCAAGAAGAAACAGCGUAACGGAGGCAUGAGAAACUCGCCCACCUGCUCGCCCAAAAUCAUCAGACACGACCCGCUGCUCGUGCCAGGACACGAUCAGAUGGAAACGAUGGAUGACAAUAUAAAGAAAUACGAUUCGACUGGAAUGUUCCACUGGUCUCCAUCAAAAGACAUCGAGAAGGUCGUUCUGACCAGAAGCGAGGCAGCCAUGACGGUUCUGAGCGGGCACGUGGUGGUGUGUAUAUUCGGGGAUGUGAAGUCGGCUCUGAUUGGUCUUCGUAAUCUGGUCAUGCCCCUGAGAGCGAGUAACUUCCACUAUCACGAGCUGAAGCCCAUCGUGUUUGUGGGGUCUCUGGAGUACCUGAAGAGGGAGUGGGAGACGCUACACAACUUUCCCAAAGUCUCCAUCUUACCCGGCACUCCACUGAGCCGAGCUGAUCUGAGAGCAGUCAACAUCAACCUGUGUGACAUGUGCGUCAUUCUGUCAGCCAAUCAGAACAACAUCGACGACGUCUCGCUGCAGGACAAAGAGUGCAUUCUGGCAUCUCUCAACAUCAAGUCCAUGCUGUUUGAUGACAGCAUCGGUCUGCUGCAGGCCAACUCGCAAGGGUUUACUCCUCCUGGGAUGGAUCGCUCGUCUCCAGAGAACAGUCCAGUACACGGAGUGGUGCGGCAGGCGUCCACAACCACAGGAGCAAACAUUCCCAUCAUCACAGAGCUCGCUAAAACAGACAAGUUGCUGCCACUGGUUUCUCUGAGCCAGGACAAGAGCAGCGGAACCAACAUCCCAAUGAUAACAGAACUGGUGAACGACUCAAACGUUCAGUUUCUGGACCAGGACGACGAUGACGAUCCAGACACUGAACUGUACCUCACACAACCCUUCGCCUGCGGGACGGCGUUUGCCGUCAGUGUUCUGGACUCAUUAAUGAGUGCUACGUACUUCAAUGAUAAUAUUCUGACUCUGAUCCGGACGCUGGUUACCGGAGGUGCGACGCCGGAGCUUGAAGGUUUGCUGGCGGAGGAGAACGCCCUGCGGGGGGGUUACAGCACCCCACAAACUCUGGCUAACAGAGACCGCUGUCGGGUCGCUCAGCUGGCGCUCUACGACGGACCCUUCGCAGAUCUCGGGGAUGGUGGAUGUUACGGUGAUUUGUUCUGUAAAGCGUUAAAGACAUACAACAUGUUGUGUUUUGGUAUCUAUCGCUUGAGAGACGCUCACUUGGGAAGCCCGAGUCAGUGCACUAAACGAUAUGUGAUCACAAACCCACCGUAUGCGUUUGAGCUGGUGUCUACAGAUCUCAUCUUCUGCCUGAUGCAGUUCGACCACAACGCCGGCCAAACCCGCAGCAACCUGUCCACUCACUCCACCCACUGCCCGAGUAAAAAGAGCCCGUCCACCCACUCCAUCCCCCUCUCCGCCCGGCCGGGUCGCAGCCGCAGUCGAGACAAACAGAAUGCGACCAGGACGAAACGAAGCGUUUCAGAGAAAAACUGGUACACAGACGAAUGUGAAAACACCUUCAGAACCCCACAAAUCAAACACACCAACACACACUCAGCCAAUCAGGUGAAUCAAUACAAAUCCACCAGCAACAUCAUCCAGCCAAUCAGAGAACUGGAGGAGGAGCCUUGAUCAUGACGACAGUACAACGGAGCGGAUCUUCACUGCUUUUACUUUAGGACAUCUUUACUCUGGUAAAUAACACAAGCGUUGGUACAGACAUUAGUAGACAAUUGGAUUUGCAACAGAAUCAGAUUAUUUGAGUUGUUUCCUUUUUCAUACCAAAGACCGUAACACACAUGUUGAAUGCCACGAGUCGCGUAGAGUGGGUGCAGGUCCUCCCUCAGGCCUAAAAAACAACCCAACCUGCCCAAACCCAUCCAAAUGCUGGACACAAACCGUACAAAUAUAAACUAGAUUAAAUGGCAGCUUUUCUGUGUUCUCAUACCAAUGAUUUAUGCAUCGUAGCAAUAAGAAAUGCUGUUUUAUAAUACGUUUGCUUUGAUGUUUGUGCAUUUGACUUUGCCGUUUAUCUGAACGUUGACUGCUGAGAUUGAACACUUACAAAAAUGGAAGAAACAAUCGUCUGUUGUUUUCCUUGAAAUGACGAAGGUGCGAUCAAACUGAAGGUCCCUUAAAGAGUCACGCUGGGAAUUAUAGUCGUUUUGAUGUCGCUAUUGACAUUUAAGAUAACGUUAAAAGUAACAUAUUGCAACAAAAUGUAUUCGAUAUUGGAUUUUGAUAACCGUGGCAGUAUCGCCUGUGCGGAAAGAGUUUGAAAUGAAAUGUGUAAACUUUGCUUUUGAAUGAUGUCUGUAAGAAAUCUGCUUGUGGAUGUCUAUGUUAUAAGUGCCUCAAGCAAACAUUACAUAUAUAAAAGAGUAUGAUUUCUUAUUUGAACUUUAGCUUUACGUUCAGGCAGACCAGUGCACAAACUGUAAAGUACUGCCACUAACCAAACCUCUGCAUGCGCUUCCCUUGCAAGAAAAGAAGUUUAUUCAAGUGUGCUAGUACAGCAUAUGCAUUUCAGUCUACGUUGAAUGUACUUCUUACAAAUACACUUAAAUAUACAGAAAUUACACUGGACUUGUACCGAUAUAUAUUUGGCAUAUUUUACUCGGAGAUGUACUUCAAAUCCACCUAAAGUACACUUAAAUAUAAAUUUAAGUAUAAAAAUGAAUACCUAAAUAGGAACAUAGUAGUAUAUUAAAGUGCAAAACCUACAUAAAAACAAUAAACUGAUGUUAAGUUCACUUAAAGAAAACUAGCCUAAACUAGUAGUUUACUCCGAGUAUACAUCCAAGCGCACAUUCAUAAACAAAAAAAUGUGCUGCAAUUACUGAUCUAGUAUCAUAACGCCUAAAAGUAUAAUUUUGUAAACUAAAGGUGGACUAAUUUAGUACCCAAAAGUAGGCUAGUAGGAAUAGUACACUUCCAAGUAUGCUGCUAAUACAGCUAGUAUAUUUAAAAGUAUAAUUAAAAAUAAAUCUAAACUUGCGUAAACAAAAUGAACUUGAAGUACACUUGUUUUUUUGUAAGGGUUGUAUUAUGACUGGAAAACAAACACCAUAUAUACUGUAGAUGAAUGUUAUUAUAGUUCAUGAUAGAUGUUUUCACACAGCUUGUAAAGUGCAAUGCAAGACAUUCCAGAUGUUGUAAUGUUCGAUAUGAUUUGCAGUAUUUUAUAAGCGCAUUUAUUUCACCCUGAUUUCAAUCAAAUGAAGUUUUAAUAUCAAAGUGUUUUUAAUCCUUUUAUGUCGGAUUGUGAUUCUGUCUUCACUUUUUCAGUCAUUCCAGUGUUUCAUAAAAGAUGCUGAACUCCAAUCAGAUCAUAGAGAUCAUGCUUUAUUUGCUUCACAUAAGCCUUAACAGAGCUGAUCUGAGAUCAGUCAGGGACUUGAGGGAGGACCUGCAAAGACCCACUCCAGCGAGAAGUGGCCCAAAAAAAUCUACGUUUAACAGCUGAAUGACUGAAAAGUGAACAUGGAAAAUGCAACUUGUGUUAUAGUGAGCCAUUCACAAGAGGUAAAGAAAAUAUGUCAUUUUAAAGAGAAAAUGUCUUAAGCUUUUAAAAGUAAAAUCAUUUUUGUGUGGAUCACGUGUUUAAGAUGAUGGGGAAAUUAUUGGAAAGUUGAACUUGUGUGUUUAUUUAACAUGUAACUACAGAAACUCUAACGCAGAAAUUAAUGCAAUAUAUUAAACUGUACAAAAGGCUGUAAAUAAAAUGUACAUGAUUUUAUUUUGUAUUUUCGCAGAAUAAAUAUGAAUGUAUUAG